CCAUCGCCGUCCGUCGAGACCACCAACACCACCAUCUCUAUACUUACAAACAUACACGCAUCUGCCUUAUCCGUAAUACUUUUUGCUGGUUGUUGUUUUUACGAAUCAUGGCCAAGUUUUCGCUCGCUAUCCUUGCCGCCCUUGUGGCUACUGCUUCGGCGUUCGUGGCGUCUCCGACAACGUCGUCCGCGUCGACGGCGUUGCGUGCCACCCAGGAAGGAGUGUGGGAUCCUUUGGGUCUCAUGACUUUGGGUACCGGUAAGGCCUUUGACACGUUCCCCAACAUGUUCCCCGAUGAACAGUACCUUCGUGAUUCCGAAAUCAAACACGGACGCCAAGCGAUGCUUGCCUGGACCGGCGUUUGGGCCACUACCGAUGGUGGCUUGGGACUCGGCCUGCACUUUCCCGGCUUCCCCCAAGAAUCCGACUGGACCAAGGCUCUCGGUGUCUUUGCCACGGAACAACCCGUCUGGUUCGGAGUCAUCCUGACCUUUAUCUGUAUUGCCGAAGGCGAAAGCGUCGGACACUCGGGUGACAACUUCCGGGGCAAGUCCACCAAGACGGAAGCCGGCAACUUGAACUUUGACUACCUCGGCUUGAAGAAAAAGUACUCCGCCGACAAGUACGCUCGGUACCAGGACGUUGAAAUCAAGAACGGACGUGCCGCCAUGAUCGCCAUGGCCAGUCUCUUCGCCAUGAAGGCUAUUCCCGGUUCCGUCCCCAUCAUGGACGUCCUCGGGGCCCGGGGAUCGCCACAAUGGUGCCGCGCCGUAUCCAACAGUAGACAGACAAUUAAGCCGUGUCGGUACUAU